AUGUUAUUUGUGAUUGCAAAAGAACAUGUGGUCCUCAUAGACAGAAUUUAUUUUGAAGGCUGUCUGGGUCUGCAGAGGUUUCGGACCAACCGUUUCGACAAGGAUGGGGAGACUGGCGUGUUCACGCUGUGGGAGGGAGUUGUACCGUUGUUUGCAUUGAGAUCAUUCUCACCUAAAGACCGACGAGGACCGGGCUACAAUGACGAUCCACGACACCCCGGCAACGAGUGUCCGAUGUUGGACGAAGGGUGGGACGAAGCGCGUGUGUUUGGAGUGUCGAUGUCAUAUGAAAGGACGUUCCGAUGGAAAAUCGCUCAGUUCCGCUAUUUGUGUUUGUCCAAUAGCGUACCGAAUCACGUAAAGAUCACAGUGUCUCGCACCAAUGUGUUUGAGGAUUCCUACCAGGAAAUUAUGCGGAAGAAUGCUGUUGACCUCAGGCGCAGACUGUAUAUACAGUUCAGAGGAGAGGAAGGACUCGAUUAUGGAGGGGUUGCCAGGGAAUGGUUUUUCUUGCUCUCGCAUGAGGUACUAAAUCCGAUGUACUGCCUAUUUAUGUAUGCUGGUAACAGCAACUAUAGCCUUCAAAUCAAUCCGGCUUCAUUUGUAAAUCCUGAUCACUUGAAGUACUUUGAAUAUAUUGGAAGAUUCAUUGCUAUGGCUCUCUUCCAUGGAAAGUUUAUCUACUCGGGCUUUACUAUGCCAUUCUACAAGAAGAUGCUCAGCAAGAAAAUCGCCUUGAAAGAUAUCGAGCAGGUUGACACGGAGUUUUAUAAUUCUGUAAUGUGGAUCAAAGACAACAAUAUCGAUGAGUGCCAAAUGGAGCUGUAUUUUGUCGCUGAUUAUGAACUGCUUGGCGAGCUGAAAACACAUGAAUUGAAACCUGGUGGAACGGAUAUUCCCGUUACCGAAGCAAACAAGCUUGAGUAUAUCCAGCUGCUGGUUGAAUGGCGCUUUAACAGAGGUGUGGAGCAGCAGACGAAGGCGUUUUUCACGGGCUUCAAUUCGGUGUUUCCCCUUGAGUGGUUGCAGUAUUUCGAUGAGAGGGAGUUGGAGCUGCUGCUCUGCGGUAUGCAGGAUGUUGAUGUAGACGACUGGCAGAGGAACACAGUGUAUCGUCAUUACGCACCUCAAAGCAAGCAGGUGGUUUGGUUCUGGCAGUGGGUGAGAAAUCUCGAUCAGGAGAAGCGUGCUCGUCUUCUGCAGUUUGUCACUGGCACAUGUCGCGUUCCAGUCGGUGGUUUCUCGGAAUUAAUGGGUAGUACUGGACCGCAGUUGUUCUGUAUAGAGCGUGUCGGAAAGGAAAAUUGGCUACCGCGAUCGCACACAUGUUUUAAUCGUCUUGACUUGCCACCAUAUAGGAGUUAUGAGCAGUUGUCUGAAAAGUUGAACAUGGCGAUAGAAAUGACAGAGGGUUUUGGGAAUGAGUAA